UGAGAUUUAGAACUGGAUUCCUCCAUGGCCAAAUCCAUGCUCACCAAAUAAUCCUCUCAUCUCGCAGCUGCGACGUUUUCUCUUCUCAGACUUGUCAAAAGGUUCCCCCUUGCUCGAUUGUUGCCCCACCACCAUUAAGCCACCACACCCGCAGCUCAAGAGUUAGAGGCAGCCAUUGAUGGAAAAUGAAAUAAAGCAAAAGAACACACAAAUCCAAUCGAAACCACUUUGACAGUGACCUUCUGCUCUUUCUUCCUCCCCUUGCUUUAAGCUCACCCAGCUUCCUCCUCAUUCUUAACUCGCAGUGAAUGGGGAGGCACUCCUGCUGCUACAAGCAGAAGCUGAGGAAGGGGUUGUGGUCUCCUGAGGAGGACGAGAAGCUCGUGGAGCACAUCGCCAAGUAUGGCCAUGGGAGCUGGACCUCUGUCCCCAAAUUGGCAGGUCUCCAGAGGUGUGGGAAGAGCUGCAGAUUGAGGUGGAUUAACUAUCUGAGGCCUGAUCUGAAGAGGGGCACGUUCUCUCAGCAAGAGGAGGACCUCAUCGUCCAGCUCCAUGAGGUCAUGGGCAACAAGUGGUCUCAAAUUGCAGCCCGGCUACCAGGGAGGACGGACAACGAGAUCAAGAACUACUGGAACUCGUGCAUCAAGAAGAAGCUGGUGCAGAGUGGCAUCAACCCCAGCACGCACGCAGUCGAGGCCAUGUGCAGUGACUCCUCCGCCCCCAACUCUAUGAAUCACUUCCCCGGGAACUCUGAACCGCUCCCUCCGCCUGUCAUUUCUCCGAUCUCGAACACGAUCCCCUCGACCAACUUCCCCGGCAGCCAGUUUGAGCUCCCAAGCUCUGGCGUUCUCUUUGACAGUGGCAUCCUCCAAUGGCUGGAUAUGCUGCCAAACAAAGGUGUUCCAGUCCACUUGAGUGCUGAGACAGAGGACUUGAAAUGGUCGGAGUAUCUCAAUGGUACCGCUCUGUCCAUAAAAGACUGGGAGAGCCAAGCCCAUGGCUUGCAUGGGUCAUCGAGCAAAGAAGAAAGCCAAGCAUUCUCAGAGAGUGGUUUCAGUUAUUGGCACGAGAUCCAACCUCCUCCUCCACCUCCUCAGCUUUAAAUAUGCAGAAAUUGGAACAUGAAAGGGGAAAGCAAAAGUUGUCAUAGUCGACAGGUGUGUCUCACAGAUUUUUCCAUUUAUAUAUAUAUAUAAAAGGUUUGAUAUGAAUAUUUAGAGAAAGAGAGAGAGAGAGAGUGGGACUUGAUCUGAACUCCAUUGAAGAUAAUAAAGCUUGCUUCAGUUUGCUUGUGUGCUGUAA